AUGGGAUUCUUCUCGGCCAAAUUCGAAAAUGAAUAUACACUUGGAAAAAGGAUAUUCAACGGAGCAAAAUUCCAAGUAAGAGAGUGUCGCGGAAUAAAAGAUGAACGAGAUUACGUAGUUAAGAUCUAUGCCUCGGACCUCGAAGAGGUUAACACGAUCCGUUAUGAGUACCACCUCUUCGUAAAGAACAAAAUCAACUCCAUCCCUAACGUACUCAGACUCAAAGACUGUUUUUUCGAUAAAUAUUACGUCUAUUACGUAAUUCAACGUUACUAUGGAAACGAUUUGUUCCGGACUGUUAUGAAUGGUCAUAAAUACAGUGAAUAUGAUUUAUCGUGUUAUUUUAGACAGUUGUUUCGAUGUUUGUCAGCUCUACAUGGAAUGAAUAUUGUCCACAGGAGAAUUAGCGGGAAAAACUUAGUAUUCCUGGAGAAGGAAAAUAAAACACUUGUGCUCAAAGGGACGAGAUAUAUACUCAGUACACAUGAAUUCUCAAAGUUCAAUGUCGUUGUUGAACACUCAAUACAGUAUCUGUCUCCAGAGAUUAUCUCACAAGAAACUAAUCUACAUAAUAUAAUGAAGAGCGAUGUUUGGGCAUGCGGAGUCAUACUCUAUACGCUACUAUUCGGGAAUAAUCUAUUCCCUAUUGAAUUCCCGUACGAAAAGUAUGCACAAAAUAUCGUAAAGUGUCGAAUUAACUGGUUACAUGACUCACCUCUACUCAAAUCAAAACUCGCAGUUGACUUUUGUAAGUCUCUUCUAAAACAAAAUCCAAGUGAACGAUUUUCUGCAAAAGAAGCAUUAUUUCAUCCAUGGAUUUCAGGAGAUAAGAUGUAUUCACAUAAUACGGAAUUGGCUUCGGAUAGGUUUUAUUCUGAGGUUAAAAAUGCAAUUGAUGAACUCGAUACAUUAGAUGAAAAUACAUCAAGACAAUAUCGACAUAAGUUUAAUGAUGAAAAACCAUUGAACUCUUCUAGUCACUUGACGUUAAAUAAAGUUUCCCCUGGACACACUUUUGGGACUGGAACUAGUGUAAGUUCCAGAUCAUCGAGACUGACAACAGCAGAUUCGACAGUUAGGAUACGCAAUAAGUGCCUUCCAUUUAAUUUUCGCAUCCCGUCCUUUAAAUUUUUCAAAUUCAAAUCAAAACAACGAGAUAAAAAACCACUUAUGGAAAAUCCCGUUGUCGAUAAAUAUAUCAAAGAUGAUGAGGCUGAAUAA